UUUCUUGGAAAGACGUUAAAUUUUAGGAUCAAAAAAAUGUUCCAGUGCUCAAUUUGUGGACUAAAACUGAAGACAGAAAGAGGAUUUAACUACCAUAUGAAAGAACAAUGCACAGUUAAAAAGUGUUCCAUUUGUAAUAGAGUUUUCAAAUCUAAAAGGUCCUUAGGUGAGCAUGUGCGUCAAGUACACCAUUAUAACACUUAUACCUGCCAGUGGUGUGGAGCCUCAUUUCGGAAUAGAUCUACUCUAAAUGGACACAAAUUAAGGCAUAUCAGUUGUGAAAGGUUCAGUUGUGGAUUAUGCAGCGAAACAUUCAGUUCUAAGGCAAUAAGAAGGCGGCAUCGGAAGCAAGUACAUGGAGUGUUUCUGCAUGACUGUUCAAACUGCGAUAUGUCUUUCAAAGCAUUUGCUGCACUAAAUUUUCACAGAAAAUAUUGUCUUCAAAAUGUUCAGAAACUGCCCAGAAAUUCCAAUGAAGAUUGUGAUCAGACGCAGUCAGUUGAUCACCGUUGCAAAAUAUGCCAGAAACGCUUUCUAUGUAAGGAGGAACUGAAUGAUCAUGUACUCAGACACCCAUUAAUGGACUUUGUUAUGGCAGAGGGCGGCGGAUUUGUUUGUAUUUUGUGCCCAGAAUACCGCACACGUCAACAAUGGCAAAUUUGGAAGCAUGUACGCGGAAAGCAUUUUGUAAAGCAACAUUUGUGCAACAUUUGCGGAAAAUUGUUUCAUAAGAAAUGUACAUUAAGAGAUCAUUUAUUGACUCAUUCUAAACACGGUUCGUAUAAGUGUUCUAUCUGCAGUGCUGAAUAUCGUACCUCUGUGGCUUUUCUUCGACAUAUUAAGUUACAUGGUGCUCUUCACAAUUGCUCUGUUUGUAACUCAGCAUUUGCUUUGCGUGAAGAAUUAGCGAGGCAUGAAAUAAAGUGUCACACCGCCUAUUCACGUUUUACAUGCUAUGUAUGUGGUCGUCAGUUUUUACACAUGCCGGUGUUCAGAAAUCACUUGUUUCAACACAACCAUAAAAGGCUUUUGUGCACAGUUUGUUUCGAAGCAUUUGAUGAAGCUGGUGAUGUAGAGGAACAUCAAAGCCGUGAGCACACAAAAUGUAGAAAGUGCAAAUUAUGGCAGAUGGACAAAAAUAUUGAAAAUGUACAUUUUAAGGUAGCUCAUUUACCGCACUGCAAAGUAUGUUCCAAUAUUUUUCCAACCAGAAAAAGUCUAAAACAGCAUUUGAAGCUAGUUCACAAGGUCGGAGUUGAAACAAAGGGUCCAGAGCCUUUUACUAAAACAGGAAAACUAAAAAAAGGUCUUAAAAGAUCAAAAGUGGAAAACAGUAAUAUUCAAAGUGUUAAUAGUCCAGACCUUGUGGCGGAAACUGGAAACAUCAGUGAAAGUGUAAAAGCAUUAAAAUCUGAAAUAGGAAACAGUAAUAUUCAAUGUGAUUCAUCAAUGGAUGUUGUACUAGAGCAGCACAACUAUGCUAAGUACCCGGAUGCACGAACAGUUUUUUUUGGUUUGUUUUCAAGAGCUCCCAACAGAUACUUGUUCGAAUAUGACACUUACCUUGAACACAGCUAUUCAUAUGCUUUAAAAAGCACAUCGUUACCUUUAUAUAUUAAGAAAAACAGGAGCAGAGGUCUUUACCCUUUCAAGAAAAGAACGGCGUCUUUAGCUGAGGCAGGUGUUGAAGAAGAUGCAGAUAGAUCUGUUAAUGUUGUAGAAGAUGGUGAAGAAGUUGUGGAAAAUGAAUCCAUUAUAGUGGAGUUUCCUGUAACAGAUGAUAAUGUCUGUUUUGAUCCUCCUCUUCUGUAACAAGGAUUUCCUUGAUUUCUCUUUAAAGUCAGGUGCCACCAUUGUUAAUUUUUACAUUCUUUUAAAAGAACUAUAGAUAUCAUGUGAAACCUUUAAAACAUUUAAAAACGUUUAAUUUCAGAGCAAACCUUUAAAACCUUUAAAUCUUCUGAAAAAACCUUUAAAACGGCCAAAUAGCCUGUAAUUUUCACUUAAAACCUAUAUUUUUGUUCAGACUGCUUGCCGUGCCAGUUUAAAGCAAGUAAUGGUUAUACUACUGUAUUUCUCCACCCCCCCUUUUAAGUGUUGUUAUUAGGAAACUGCUUGUGUAUCUUUCAUCUUGAGUUUUUCAGAAUGCUGUUGUGUUCACCAGACCACAUACAUGUAGAUGUUUGCAGUAGUGUUUACCAGACCAUGGGUGUUUUCAAUGAGAAUUCCAACAAAAAUAGCCUUUAUUUACUCUUUAUUUUUUAAUAUUUUACACUAAAAGGCCUUUAUUUUCAUAGAUUGGAGCCUUUAGAAAAACCUUUAUUUUUGUUCAGGCCUGCUAGGAGGCCUGAAUUCAUGAAACCUUGCAUGAAUCUUUACCUUGAUAUGAAAUUGCGCACCUCAUAUUUUUCGUCUGUCUCUGCCACCUAUUUUUAGAGUUAUGGCCCCUGAAAUAGUCAAAAAAGCCACAUUUUCACCUUGUGACAUGCCUAGCCCAAAAAGUAUUUCAUAUUAAUUGAUUAAACCUUGUAUCUGUUGAGAUACCUAGCUCAAAAGGUAUUUAAUAUAAAUGGUUGAAAACUUACCUAAGUCUUUAUCAUGAUAUAAACUUGCACACCUUCUAUUUUUUGGCUGGCUCCACCCCCUGUUUUUAAAGUUAUGGACCCUGAAAUAGUGAAAAAUGCACAUUUUCACCUAAUUUAGUGCCUAGUUCAAACGGUUUUAAUGAGUAAAUGUAAAUUCAUGAAACAUUUGCUUGAGUCUUUAUCAUGAUGUGACCUUUCACACUAGGCAUUCUUCAUGAGAAUCUUUGCAUUUAUUACAGAGUUAUGGCCCUUUAAAUAGCUAAAAUAAUGGACUUUUUGUUUGCGAUGCUCAUGGCUCAAAAACAUACGGCCUAGAAUAAAUCCUUUUCAUAAAAUGUUUGUUUAGGCUAAACCCCAUUUACACUGCAAACAUUUGAAUUAUUGCCUCUUAUUUCUGACAAAUAUACCAAUGGGGGACACACCCUGUGUCAAACAGACACAUUCUAGUUUCUGGUUUGUUAUCAAGAGCUCCCAACAGAUACUUGUUCAAAUAUGACACUUUAAACACAACUAUUCAUUUGCUUCAAAAAACACGUCUUUACCUUUAGAUAUUAAGAAAAGCAUGUGCAGAGGUAUCACUACUGGAUGCACAUACCAUUAAACAUGGUUUAAAACCCUGUAAAAUAUCCAUUAAAAUUGGAAAAACCGUUAAUUAACCCCAUUAAUUCUUGUAUCACUUUAUUUAACAGGUUUCACAAUAUUUAUGGGUUACAUGUUAAAACACCAUUAAAACACCCAUUUUUAACCAUGAAUCAUGCCAUUAAAAAUUUAGUUUGGUAGCUAAAAUAGUUAAUGGCUUUGAAAAAAUAGUGAAAUUCUGUAGUUUUGUAAUUUAACAGGAUUAUUCAUGGCCCUUCAAUUUGAUUUAAUACCCAUUAAAUGUUCAGGUUGUGUACGAUUUCAUUUAAGAAUAAACUUAAUGGCCGUUAACAGCAAUGUAAUGCCCAUUAAAUCCUAAAUUCUGUAAAAUGUGAUUCGUAUAUAUUUGCUUUGUGGCUUGCUCUCCUAUUGAAUGCUUAUAAUUUCAGUCUCAUAUUGUUCUAAAAUGGACUUUAAUCACAAUAAAUACAUACUACGAACACAUCGUCUAUAAUAUAUCAUGAUGUUAUAUUUAGUUGCAUUGAAGUUAUUUCCCCUUGAUGCAGUUAUGCCAUUUUUUUUCAAAUUGUGUUCCUACAAAAAAUCUGAUUUAUUUCAAUGAAAGUCGGAUGGAAACGUAUUAAUUUAUUUGAUAACAUCAAUCUACAAUAUUUUGGUAAGGGUAAAUAUGUAUUGAUGCAUGCCACUUUUUCUGUUCUUUGUUUUUCUUGUCCAAAUAAUCAGAAUUUGUAUAAGAAAAUUGGUGGGGUAAGGAAUUUACAUUAUAAAAUGUGUUCAGACUAGUUUAGAUUUUCAAAUUCUUCAGUAGAAACUAAGGUUUAUAGAGAAUUGAACAGUACACAUAAUUGUGAAGAUUUACAGUCUGAUUUAAAUUCAUUUGGGGUAUGGGCAGAUCAAUCGCUUCUUUGUUUCAACGAAUGAAAGAGUGUGGUACGCUUAAUUGGAAAUGGGAGAAGCUGCUUGUGAUGCAAUCCCUCAAACAUUUGCUCGUAGCUGUACAGUGCAUGCACAUGAGCACAAAAUACUGAAGUAGAGCUAAAUUGUGAUUGUCCAUUGUGCGCUGACAUUGUCAUCAACAGUUGCUUUUUGAAUACACCUGAUGCCUAAUGUCUGUGCCAAUAAAAACUUGGUCAGAAUGUUUGUCAAUAUUAAAAUGCUGAAUAGUUAAAACUACCCACAUGGUCACUUGAUCUAUUUAACCGGUACCUGUAAACCCUUCUCAGUACAACUCAAUACAAUACAAUAUCCAUUUAUUUUCUCAUUUCAUAUGAACAUAUGACAGAAUAAGAAUACAAUAUAACAAAUGUUUGUACGAGGCUGUUACAUGUGUUUACAUUACAAAAUAAUAAGAGAAAAAAGAAGAAACAAAUAUUCUUCUAGCAUUUUACAAAACAGUACAUAUGUAUAGAUACUAUUACAUGUGUAGUAAUACGUAGUUUAAAUCAAUAUGGCAAAUAUAAUUUUGAAGUUGAUUAUCUUAAGAUGUCUAAUUCUGAAGGCAAAUUUUCAUGGCCCUUAACUUGAUAUACAAUUAAAAUAUUAUAAACCCAUUAAAAUUGAAUCUGACAUAUUUAAUGAGACAAUUAAUGAUUUUUUAAUAAUUAACGGCCAUUAACAGAGUAUCAAAAAAAUAAUGGCCCCAUUAGUUCUUACUAAUUAAUGGGGAAUUAAGGGGUAGUUUCUUAAUGGCACAUUAAUUUCAUGCCAGUUAAAAAAUUUCAUGGAGUUUUUAGGAGCCUGUUAACUUAUUUAAAUGGUUUAUUUUAAGCAGCUUUUCAUGGCCAUCAAAGUCAUUUUUAAUGUAUGGCAUUAAAACUAUGGUCAUGAAAAUCCCAUUAAAUAGUAAGAAGUAAUGGGUGAAUUUUAAUGGUGACCUGUUAAAACUCUGUUAAAAACCUUUGAAAAAAUUAAGGCCAGUUUCAUGACCCGUUUAAUGGCAUGUGCUUCCAGUAGUGUAUUUACCCUUUCUAGACAAGAACGGCGUCUUCAGCUGAGGUAAGUGUUGAAAAAGAUGCAAAUGGAUCUUUUAAUGUGGCAGACGAUUGGGAACUGUUAUGGAAAAUGAAUCCAUUACAGUGGAGAUUCCUGUAACAGAUGAUAAUGUUUGUUUUGAUCCUCCUCUUCUGUAACAAGGAUUUUCAUUAACUUCUCUUUAGAUGCCACCAUUGUUCCUUUUUACAUUACUUUAAAAGAACUAUUUUAUAAUAAGUGAGAUAGAUAUAUUUUCAAAUAUUGAAUGCACAGAAUGUUGAAAAAAAUCUUAAUGACUUUAGGUAUACAAAUGUAUUUGAUAAUAGAUUGAUAUAAAACUUUCA